AGAAUUAUGAUGUUAACUGUUAUCCGGCAUACAAAUUCACCGGUGAAAUUUUGGUUUUUAAAAAAUUACCUGUCACCAACAUUUAAAGAUUUUAUACCAUAUAUGGCAGCUGAAUAUGGUUUUGAAUAUGAAUUUGUUCAGUACAAAUGGCCACGUUGGUUACACGCUCAAACAGAGAAACAACGUAUUAUCUGGGGUUAUAAAAUAUUAUUCUUAGAUGUUUUAUUCCCCUUGAAUGUGACAAAAAUAAUAUUUGUAGACGCUGAUCAGAUCGUUCGAGCAGAUUUAAAAGAAUUAGCUGAUCUUGAUUUAGGCGGUGCACCAUACGGUUAUACACCAUUCUGUGAUUCACGUAAAGAAAUGGAUGGUUUUCGAUUUUGGAAACAAGGUUAUUGGGCUAAUCAUUUAGCUGGUCGACCAUAUCAUAUUUCAGCUUUAUAUGUUGUCGAUUUAACACGUUUUCGUCGAUUGGCUGCAGGUGAUCGACUUCGUGGUCAAUAUCAUGGUUUAAGUCAAGAUCCGAAUAGCUUGUCGAAUUUAGAUCAAGAUUUACCCAAUAAUAUGAUUCAUCAGGUACCAAUCAAAUCUCUACCUCAAGAAUGGCUAUGGUGUGAAACUUGGUGUUCUGAUGAAAGUUUAGCAAAGGCUAAAACAAUCGAUCUGUGCAAUAAUCCACGGACAAAAGAACCUAAACUGACAGCAGCAAUGCGUAUUGCACCAGAAUGGGUGGAUUAUGAUCGUGAAAUUAAAAAAUUAUGGAAACGUGUUUAUCAAUCUUCACCACAACCGCCUAUAGAACAUACAAUCGAAGAGACUAAGUCUACAGAUAGUCCAUCAACUUCUACACUUCCUACUGCAUCAGAGGAUACUACUUUGAAAGUUGAUGAUUACCCCGCAAAGACUGAGUUGUAAAAUUCGCCUUGAAAACAAUCUUCAAGACGCUUCCGUCCAUAUAUAUAUAUAUAUAUAUAUA